UAAGCGAAAAAAGCAUAGGACAAUGACAGGCCUGGGCUCUUCCUGUGGAGCAUGCAAGUUCCUAAGAAGAAAGUGCACGAGUGAGUGUGUUUUUGCACCUUACUUCUGUUAUGAACAGGCUGCAACCCAUUUUGCAGCAGUGCACAAGGUGUUCGGAGCAAGUAAUGUUUCAAAACUAUUAUUGCACCUACCUCUACAGAAUCGAAGUGAUGCUGCUAUUACCAUAUCAUAUGAAGCACUGGCUCGGAUGCGGGAUCCUAUAUAUGGUUGUGUUGCUCAUAUUUUUGCACUCCAACAACAGAUUGCCAGCUUACAAGAGGAGAUAGAAAUUCUUGGGCAUCAAAUGGCUAAUCUCACAGUUGGUAUUGCCAGUCGUGGAAGUUCACAAACAAUUUCAAACCCAAACUGUUCUUCGCUUCAAGACGCCAUCAACAUGCAAUAUUUCCAGAAUCAACCAGCUGCACAGGUGAACAAUGCAGGAUAUGCAACUGGAAACCAAGCUUUUGACAGCCAAAUGAAUGUACAACUGCCUGGUUAUGAAUGGGAAGACCAAAACCUUUUCUGUGAUUCCCACCCAAAUUCUUUAGAAAGACUCCUUGAAGUAGUGGACCAAGAGUUCUCCCCAUAUUGCGCGUGGUUGGACAGUGGGAACAAUGCAAACUGAAGCUGAAAAUUGGGACCAAGAAAAGUAUUUUUAGCAACUAGCGCAACUUCAUGCUUUUGGCUCUGGAAAAAAUUAUGUAAAUAACCAUAAUUUUCAAGAAGAGGAUGUAGGUUUAGUCCAGUUUGAACUAAGCUUUUGUUGUCUACAAAAAUGUCUUUUGUCACAUCUGCAGUAAAAAAAUAGAUACUGAGCCUAGCAAAGGCAAACUCUCAACUGGA